AUGGCGGCACUCCUACAACAACUCAUGCAGGCGACGCUUCCACAACCGCCGCUUCUCUUGUUCUUCCCUCUAGCCCUCGUACUGCUACACUACUUGGUAAUCACUGGCAGAUCAGGACGAAGCAGCCAUUGCUGCCGUCUCCCACCUUCGCCACCAAGGUUGCCAGUCAUCGGGCACCUUCACCUCGUCGGCUUCCUCCCACACGUCAACCUCCGCAGGCUCGCCAUGAAGUACGGCCCGGACUACAUGCUCAUCCAACUUGGCUCCGUGCCGACCCUCGUCGUCUCAUCGCCACGUGCCGCCCAGACCGUCCUGCGCACACACGACCACGUGUUCGCUUCACGGCCCACAUCCACCGUCGCCGACACCCUAAUGACCGCCUCCCUUGACGUCGCAUUAGCCGUCUACGGCGAUCACUGGCGCCAGGCCAAGAGGCUGCUCUCCACACAUUUACUCACCGUCAAGAAGGUGAGCUCCUACCGCCCGGGCCGUGAGGAGGAAGCACGCCUCGUCGUGGCUAAGAUCGCUAAGGCGACCGCGUCGCACGAGACCAUGGACAUGAGUGACACGAUCUACUCUUUCACCAGUGACAUCGUGUGCCGCGCCGUGUCCGGCAACCUCUUCAAGGUCGACGGCCGGAACAGGCUCCUCCGUGAGCUCAUCGAGGCGUCCGGGGCGCUCAUCGGGGGUGUCAACAUCGAAGACUUCUACCCGGGGUUAGUGCGGGUGGGCUUCAUCAAGAGAGCUGUGUGUGCCAGGGCCGACAAGCUGAAAAAGAGAUGGGACGAGUUGCUGGACAAGGUGGUCGACGACCACCAAGAAAACACGCACGAACACGGUCUCACCAAGGAUCACAUCAAGGCCAUGCUCAUUGACAUAUUUUUCGGAGCAACUGACUCAACGUCCAUGCUUAUAGAGUCUGUCAUGGCAGAGCUCAUAAGGAACCCUCAAGUCAUGUCCAAGCUACAAGCCGAGUUGAGGAGCAAAAUCCCUGAAGGAAAAGAGAUAGUGACAGAAGAUGACCUCGCCACCAUGACCUACCUGAAGGCUGUCAUCAAAGAGACAUUCCGUCUGCAUCCACCGGCACCGCUCCUGGGGCCGCACCUCUCCAUGGACAAUGUGCAAAUCGAUGGCUACAUCGUUCCAGCCCACAUGCCUGUUCUUGUCAAUGCGUGGGCGAUUGGUAGGGACCCAAGUACUUGGGAGGACCCAGAGAAGUUCAUGCCGGAGAGGUUUCUCAACGUAGACAUUGAUUACAAGGGGAAUAACUUUGAACUCCUUCCAUUUGGUACUGGGAGAAGGAUGUGCCCAGCGAUAAACUUCUCAAUGUCAACGUAUGAGCUCAUGUUAGGGAACCUCCUAUAUCAUUUCGACUGGGAGCUGCCUGGCCCUAGGGCUGCUGGAGGCAUGGGUGUUGAUAUGACAGAGGUGUUUCGGCUUACGUUGCAUCGCAAGGAGAAGCUCCUACUAAUCCCACGAACACGUACAUAG